UAACGUGAUAGUGCUAAUGCAUAGACGGGUUAAAUGCAAUGCUCAUCUAAAAACAUUGACUUUAGGGUGUUGUUAUCGCCAGUAAAUUUGCAUUUCAAAGGAAAGGACUGAUCGUAAUUAGAGACUUCCCAGAACAAAAACUACUGUUUUGAAUUAAUUGGGCCAACGUAUGAAACUCGCUGCGUGGUCUCGGUUAUAUUAUGAAAUUUAUCCAUGAUUUAUUAAUAGCGUGAAUGUCAUACAGUGUGUUUUCACCUGUGCUUUUUUCGUGAAAUUUAUCACCGACAAAACGCUGGUGAAGAAAAGGAAAACAUCAAAAGUGCUGAAUUUAUCUCCGUCACGCACAUUGAUCAACUCUAUGUUUGUUUUCUUCGGAGGAGGAACUUCUUACUUCUGACAAGAUUAACUUCUUGAACGCGGUUUUAAUUCAUGGAUGUACAGUAGUCACAAAAGAUUAGCGUCUUUCCGUUCAAUAUGCCUCAAAGCAACGCUGUAAAAAACGCUGAAAAUGACUGCAGAAUACAAUAUAUAAAUGUUUCAAGGCAAUUCGAUCUCGAGCGACAAAGGAGGGCGAAUCGCACUGCACAUCAAGAUGGGAUGUUCCGUGAGUUUGAUAAAGUUAACACUGAUAUUUCUGAAACUUGGCGAAGGGCAGCCCUACUCGUGUCCUUUGCGUCCAUAACGAUAACUCUAAACCUAGGAAUAGCGUACUUUGUAUUGUCUACCCUGGAUGGAAGCCCGGCAGCGUUUGGCUUCGCAUUUGCCGCAGUCUUAGAUGCCUGUUCUUCCGCUGUUGUGGUAUGGAGAUUCUCAGGUGCAGCGGGACAAAAAUAUUCUUUCGAAAGAGAACGAAAAGCGUGCAUCAUAAUUGGAGGAUGUUUUAUUUUGUCUGGCUGUGCGAUCCUGUCUAAAGCUGUCUACAUGUUGGUUAUUGACAAUGAGCCAAAAAGGAGUACUCCACUUUUAAUAACAACUUUUGCUGCUUUUGGUUUCAUGGUGUUGUUGGCCUGGUUUAAAUACCUUAUUGCUUAUAAAGUGGACAGCAGAGCUCUUAGAACAGACGCCUUUAAUUCGACAGCAGAGGCAGUUAUGGCUUUUGUGAUGGCUAUGAGUGACGUCAUUUACGAUCAGAAUCCAAACAUUUGGUUCUUAGACGCAUCUGCAGCAAUUUUUAUCGGAUUCGUCCUCUUCGUUUAUGGCAUCAGGACGAUUGUAGAGUUACUUCUCACCAAGGGAAUGGCUCCGAUUCCAAACAGUUAACUCGAUAUUACGAUCACGUGUUCGGAUAUGGUAUUCGAUCCUUGAAGAGUAGCAGACACAUCAAUCAUAACCCUUUAGUUACCAGUGCUCUCAUGUGUACGUGAGAGAGCAAGAAAGAAUCUAGGAACGAGUGCAAGAA